UUGUUCAGCGGAGCUUGAGGAUGUUGACUCCGAGUUGAAAGGAUUCAGAAGACCUCGGGAGUGAGUUUGGUUGUUCGAACUGCAAGUGCGAGUUGGGACAAGAAGCUUUGUAGAGGAUGGGACCAAAGAAAGGAGCUGCGGCAGGAGGAAAGGCGGCAAAGAAGGCUGAAGAAGCAGCAAGAAAGGCUGAGGAGGAGAGGCUGGCAUUCCUGGCUGAGCAGGAACGGUUGGAGCGAGAGAGAAUCGAGAGAGAGGAGGAAGAAAAACGUCUGGCGGAAGAGAAGCGCCAGUGGCUGGAAGUGGAAGGGCGGAGGCUGCAGGAGGAGAAGGACGAUUUGUUCCCCCUGCUGCAGAUGAGAGCGCAUCAGUUGGUGGUGGAGGAGGCCGGGAGGAGGGAGCAGGAGGAGUGGCACAACUUCCUUGCUUGCACUCACCUCCCGGAUGUUCGCAACGACGCAGAUCUGAGCACUUACAUCACGUUAUGGCGCGAGGAUCCAGUCCCAGAUAUCCACACGGCUCUGAAGGAGGCGCAGAAUGCAAUAGAGGUGAUUCUCGGGCUCGAGAAAUUGCUGGCAGUCGCUGUGUCGAAGAACGAGGAAGAAGCUCUGAACAAGUAUGAGCAGUUCAUCAAGACCCUCCAAGAUCUCAUCCUUAUGAAGCUCGACCAUGCAACGGCCAAGAUCCUAGAGAAUCUCGACGACCACGUGACGAAAGAUAACAUCUGUCAAAUCGACCUCUCUACAGUGCUGCAGAAGUACGGCAUGUGGGUGAACGUCGCCAAGAAUCUAAGGCUGAAGAACAUAGAGUAUCCUUCCCUUGGGUUGCACACCGAUAUCCCCCGCCCCAUCAUCCUUCAGACUGUUGCUGUUCGGAUGAUGCAUUUCAGGAAAGACAUUCUGAGCAGCCCUUCACAGGCAGAGGACUUCUUCACCAUCGGCGGCAUCCUCUACAUCGAGGUGCUGGAGGUCCCGGACAGGCCCAAGGCCAUCAAGUCGCACGUCUCGGAGGCCAAGGACUCGGGAAGAUGGAUGAUAGUCAAAAUCACUUCGAGCAGCGGGGACGUGAUACGGCAGGUGUAUCCUCCCAUCGACCCUGUGACGGGCCUCGUCCAAACCAUCGGCAUCCCCCCCAUGCAGGUCAAGUGGCACCUGCCCCAAGACGUCCUCCUCCCCUCCGGCGACGCUCCUCGCCUUGGGUGGUGGGAGCACGAGAAGAAGGAGUGGAGCGACGACGGCAUCACUGACGUUUCGCUCGAGAGCAAGGACGGCGAACGUAUCCUCAGCUUCUCGACACUGCACCUGACCACCAUCGCCAUGCUCCAGAGUCGCUGGUCCUGCUUCCCCUUCCAGUCCUGGAUGCUGUACCCCACAGGCACAAACCGGGCAAUCCUCAGCGUCGACCUCAACGGCGACAUGACGAUCAAGUUCGAGAUCGGAGCAGGGAGGUGCAGGCUGGUAUGGCCGGAGGACGAGUCGCUCAAGGUGCUGAAGGAGAAGCCGCUGCCUGCCAUGGAGAUGCUGAAGAAAAUGAAGUUCCACGGGUUAAACCUCAUCCCCAUCGACGAGGACGCGGAGAAGAUCAGUACAGACAAGAUGGACGCCGUGAAGUGCCUGAAGCAUCGGGCGCUGGAGGAGAGGGCGUGUGCUGGGCUCAGCCUCCUCGCUCCCUCUUUCUCUUUGUGUCAGAGCCCUCUCAACCCUACCAUCGGCCCUAUGGAGCUGCUUGUACGCGUCUCUCAGACUACCGACUUCCGUAGCCUUCCACUCCACUCCACCGACGAGUCUUUCCGCACCCUCCACUUCCGAGAAGCCACGGGGGAAGAGGAGCUCAGCUACUGCCUGAUCGCAGAGCCCAAGGUGGACUCAGCGCAGAGCAGCGAGGACGGGAAGAUCUUUGACAGCAGCGGCGUCAACGUCGCUCCUCCUGCCGUGGGACUCGAGACGAAGUUCUAUCCUCUCACUGCCAUCCGCGAGAUCGCCGACGAGUCCGCGCUGCAUCGAUGCCAGGAGUCGUCUGCAAGCUUCACAGAGAGCGUCCGCGUCAUGCUCAGCGGCAUGCGGCUGCUCAGCUUCGUGAAGCCACCGAUGAAGCCGGAUACACCGAGGGAGGAGGGAGGAGAGGAAGAGAAACAGGAGGGACAGGAAGAGGAAGGAGCCGAGAAGAACGAGGAAGGUCAAACCAACACAGAAGAGAGAGAGAAGGAGAAGAAGGAAGAGAAGGAGAACAAAGAAGACAAGGAGAAGGAGAAUAAGGAAGAGAAGGAGAAGAAAGAAGAGGAGAAAGCACAAGAGGGGGGAGAUGGAGGAGGAGAAGCGAAAUGAACGAGAAACUGUGGAGGAUGAAGAAGGGAAAGGAAGAGCGAGGAGACACAUGUUGUCUCGAGAUGCUCUUAGUCUCUUGUUCAAGAAAUUUCAAUCGAUGUAUCACAAUGGAAGUGCAAACAC